UUUCCAGAUGCCCAGUUAAUGCCAGCGGGCGUACAGCAACACAACACUAUGGAAUCUCGUCAGUCCAUUAAACCAACACAACUCAUAAACGUCUAGAGACAUUGGCACCAGAGAGAGAGAGAGAUAGAGGGAGAGAGCGCGCGCUGAAAAAUGCUGAAGCCCUCAACGUCGUGUUAAGGGCAAGGUGACCCUAUUCUAGGUGAGAAACUGUCUGUGAAGGGGCACGAGGAAAACAAUUAUCAUCACCUCCCAAUGCAUCUCAACUAUUUUCAGAAUGGUAAUUAAAACGGUUGGUUUAACCAUUCAAGCAAUACGACCUUAUCAUACCCGAUGUGCAAAUCGCAACCACAAGGCAGAUUGCAAAACUGCAGUUUUGAGAUACUUGUAUAUCAGUUUUUAAGAUAUGCAGAGAAGUGGAAAGAAGAUUGAUCUGGCAUCAAGCAGUCUUGGAUGCAAGCGAAUUUGAUUCUUCUUGCUAUUCAUCCCCAAAAAACAUUAAAUAAUGAUUUGGGCACACUGUCCUUAAGUGGAAUUCAGUUGUGGCUCCAUGUCCCAUUUUUCACAAUCAGGUAAAUAAAUUGCUGAUCUGCCUUCACGGCAGCAAGUUAUAAUAAAAGCAAACAUUUCCAUUAUAAGAGAAAUUUUUAUGAAGCCAUUUCCAGACAAGAUCUAGAAGAUUCAUGGAAUGAUGUGCUUGAUGAAACCGCAAAGAACCUGUCAGUCACGAACCAUCCUGAUUCAAAAACUAACAGAAAGAAAAUUAUAACAGAGGUGUGCUGAUGAUGGCUAUGACACCACCUCCUGAGAUCACCGUGGCUGAACCCAUUCCCAUUCCAACCCUCAACAUUCUCCCUCCGUCUUCCGAUACGGAGUCAUGGUCCUGCUCCCCAAGCCCGCGGCCACACCGGUACCGCUCACGCAGCCGUAACCGGGACAGAAAGAAACGCAAGGCGAAGCAUGAGCAGGUACAAGAGAACCACUGCGAUAUGGAGAAAGGAGAAAAAGAGAGGAGUCAAAACCCAUCAUGUUCAUCACCAAUCUCUCUAAUGGUGUCCAAUGUAGAAGAGGAAGAGCAGGGCAGUCCCUCUGUGCUUCUCCCACUCCCGUCUCGCUCAUGGUCCCGGAGCUCCUCAUUAAGCAGGCGUUCUCGCUGGUCUCUCCGUAGUCUUCUCAACAAGGACUCGGAUUGUGACAGCACCAGUACGGCCAGUAACUCUCCACGCAGCACUCCUGGCAGCUCACCCUCACUGCGCCGGCGCAUGCUGGGAGGCAGAGCCAGCGAAGGAGACGUUGGCGGAGACCGAGGCGGCGGAGGGGGUCCGGAUAGCCCCCUACCUCCCACACCGUCCUCAUCCACAUCAUCUUAUCCACUCGCAGCACGCCACUUCACACGCAAUUCCAAGAAAAUGCAGAGCUGGUAUAAUGUCCUCAGCCCCACAUACAAACAGAGGAACGAAGACUUCCGCAAACUCUUUAAAAAGCUGCCUGAUACAGAGCGUCUCAUAGUGGAUUAUUCAUGUGCACUGCAGAAGGAUAUAUUGCUGCAGGGUCGUCUGUACUUGUCUGAAAACUGGCUCUGCUUCUACAGUAAUAUCUUCCGCUGGGAGACUACGAUAACCAUACUGCUGAAAGAUGUGACAAGUCUUACCAAGGAGAAGACGGCAAAGCUCAUCCCAAACGCCAUCCAGAUUAGCACUGAACACGAGAAGCACUUUUUCACGUCAUUUGGGGCCAGAGAUCGGAGCUACAUGAUGAUCUUCAGAUUGUGGCAGAACGCUUUGAUGGACAAGACUUUGUCUCCCAAGGAGCUGUGGCACAUCGUUCACCAGUGUUACGGCACUGAACUGGGCCUAACCAGUGAAGAUGACGACUACGUCUCCCCUACUGCUGAACAUAUGAACGGCCUGCUGCCGAGUGAGGAUUCGGUCUCCGUCACUGACCUGCUGGAUCUGGGUUCAGUGCCGGGAGUUCCUGCAGGCUCCUCUCCCCCCUCAUGUGCCUCCAUACCUCCCUGCGCUUCAGGAUCUUCACCCCCAUCCUCCUCUUCCUCGUCUAGCCAGCCCAUGGAGUCUCCAUCCGCCCGGGUCAGCGCUGAACCUGAGCCCAGUCCACCCAGUUCUCAGACCUCACUGCCCCCCAUCACGCACUCCUCACAGUCUGGCCCAUCACCACCCUUAGCCGUCUUUGAGGAGAACGGAGACAGCCAGUCAGAAUCGACCAGUCAAGCACUUCAGACCCCUCCUGUUAUUCCACACACAUUGGGAAACCUGUCCUCACUGGAUAUGACCAACGACGAGGACCUCCCCACUGACAUGAGCAAUUCAUCUGACACGCAGGAGGAAAGUGAGUGCGAGGUGGAAUCCAUCUGUGCUGACCUCAACGGUCGAUUGCACAUCAACACAGUUGUUCGGAUGAACGUGGACAAGCUCCAUGAUCUUCUCUUCUCAGACACUCACUUUAUUCAGCACCUCUUCUCUCAGCGCCACUUCACCGAUCUUUCUGUGCACGGGUGGCAGCACGACAGCAGCACUGGGUGCAGUAGUAGAGUUUUGAGUUAUACCAUCGCCAUCAACAACCCACUGGGACCCAAAACUGCUCCUGUGGUGGAAACACAGACUCUUCACAAGAGCAGCACACGAGGGGAGUGUUACGUGGUGGACUCGGAGGUCAUAACCUCAGGCAUCCCCUACCAGGAUUAUUUCUACACUGUACACAGAUACUGCCUCACCUCCAUCAACAAGCACAAGAGCCGGCUCAGGGUCUCGUCCGAUAUCUGCUACAGGAAGCAGCCGUGGAGUCUCGUGAAGGCUCUGAUCGAGAAAAACACUUGGAGCGGUAUAGAAGAGUAUUACAGGCACAUGGAGAUGGAGGUGUGUAAGUUGGAGACGCUGUUGCAGACGGAGGUUUCCGUGAUUAGCACGGGGGACGUGGCUUCCGCAGGCUCCGCCAAGACGCCUCCUGGUCUGCGCAGACGCAAACGCAAUCCCCGGCGAGCAGGAGAUCGAGAAAGGGAGGGAGCAGAUGAUGGCGAACGGGGCGAUCGAGGAAUCGUAGAUGAGCGAGAAAGAAGAGAAGCUAGUGCUCAGUAUGGCAAGAUGGGAGAAAGGUGGCGUGGAACCAGCAUCAACAACAACAACAGCAUCUCCACCAUACUGCUCAUCAUGAGCUUCAUUCUGGUGGUUCUGGUGGCGUUGAACAUGAUGUUGUUUUACAAACUCUGGGCACUGGAGCGGGCCGCACACACGCUGGAGACCUGGCACUCGUACUCUUUAACUGACAGCCCUUUGCCCCAGUCAGCAGGAGAGUGGGCGCAGGUCCUUCAGCUUCAGAGGCAGUUUCACCAGGCUCAGAUGAAUAAAUGGCAGCAGAUCUUACAGUCUUCGGUCACACUUCUAGAUCAGAUGAAACAGUCUUUGGAGAAGCUCCACAGAGGAAUGAUCACCCCAGAGGUGCAGCACGAGUCCGAUUCUGCACCGGAUACACUGACGGAUCAAUGAAGGGAUCCUCGCACGCCAUCCAGAACCUCCAUAUAAACUCUGAGUCUGACCUGCGACUUGACACCUGUGGUGUCCAAGAUGGGACAAAUCAUGGAAGGGAGACGGUGGUUUCUUCUGUUAAUGCUGUGGACUUUCUCCUGGAUGUACAGCAAACAUUACGGCUAUCAUUACUGUACGGGUCUGAAGCAAUAACACAAACGUAUGGGAUCAAGCAUAUUCCACGUUUGGGGAACAUCUGACUACUCUGCAUCACGAGGUCCAAACUUUGUGUUUUCCAUAAAUGUGCUCACGGGAGAGAUCCCUUGAUAUGAGAGGGAAGGUGCUUCGAUAUCCACAUCUCUCUGGCUCAUAUUUUUGAAGGUGACUCCAAUCUACUCCUCUACGAAACUAGACACUUCAUUUGAGAGGAAACGUUGUUUUUCAUGGAAGAGACACUCCUUUUUAUUCAAUACCUCUUCUGGUUUAUUGUUUUUCCUAGCUGUUACUGACACUCGUCCAUUACUAAGUAAGAACGCGUGUCUGACCAUUACAGUAUUUAUUUGAUAGACUUGAAUUGCGGUUUGAUUUCCACGGGCCAUUGUGCGUUUCUGCUCGUGCUGUAUUUUGAACACGGACCAAUGUACAGACGGGUAAACUGGGAGGGGGGGGUAUGAAUACGAAUUCCUAUAUUAGCAAUAAUCAUGUUGAGAUAAUUGUUAUAACAAAUAGUAGUUCAUCUAUGAAAAUGUAAAACAUGCAACUGUUACUGAGCGUCAGAGAGAAUUGUUUUUACGUGUUAAUUUAACCAUUGUUGCUCCCUAUAAUUUUAAAGUCUUUUUAAUUAUUUUAUCUAUGACUUCAAGAAAUAUUCCCUCCUUAAAAUGAAAAUUAGACCAUAUAUUAUUAACCAUAAAGUCAUAGUUGUAUAUGAAUUUCUUCUUUCAGCCAAACAUAGUUGGAGGUUUAUUAAACAUCCUGGCACUAUUCCUCAUUCCUAGAAGUAAGUGGAGCCGUUUCACGCGAUUAUGGUGUCAGGAAACUCGCUGAGUAACGAGACUUGAACUGUUCGGAGUUACUGUAAGCUCGACCAGCUGAAGCGCACACAGAUUUUAGUACAUCGGUCUUGGAGCUGAAUGUUUAGGACCAAGUUAAACUCAAGGCCUGAGGGAACUAGAGCAGGUAUUGUGAUGUACACUUCGCUCUACAAUGUAGACGGACGAAUCUUGCAAAUCAUAUUUCACUUUUAAAAUAAAGACCUUUUAUUUUUGGCACAAAGAGAAUGGCAGAUUAAUAUAUUGUUGCAUUGUGACAUUUUUAUGACACGGUUUCAUAACAUAUUUCAUUAUUUUCAUUAUCAUGAAGAUGUUAUCAAAUUUGUAAUAUUAUUCUUAUCAAAGAUACAGUAAUACGGCCAGGCAGCCAGCAAGGCCAAAAUCACUUUACAAAUAUUUACAAAAUGCACUUUUUGUGCAAUUUAUAUAAUGUAAAUACACAUUAAAGGAAUAGUCUACUCAUUUUCAAUAUUAAAAUAUGUUAUUACCUUAACUAAGAAUUGUUGAUACAUCCCUCUUUCAUCUGUGUGCGUGCAUGUAAGCGCUGGAGCGCGCUGCGACGCUUCGAUAGCAUUUAGCUUAGCCCCAUUCAUUCAAUGAUACCAUUUAGAGAUAAAGUUAGAAGUGACCAAACACAUCAACGUUUUUCCUAUUUAAGACGAGUAGUUAUACGAGCAAGUUUGGUGGUACAAAAUAAAACGUAGCGCUUUUCUAAGCGGAUUUAAAAGAGGAACUAUAUUUUAUGGCGUAAUAGCACUUUUGGGAGUACUUCGACUCGCCUGAAAAGUCUGCUCCCCUUCUCACUCUCAUAAUGGGAGAGGGAGGGUGUUACUGCGCCGAGUCGAAGUACUCCCAAAAGUGCUAUUACGCCAUAAAAUAUAGUUCCUCUUUUAAAUCCGCUUAGAAAAGCGCUACGUUUUAUUUUGUACCACCAAACUUGCUCGUAUAACUACUCGUCUUAAAUAGGAAAAACGUUGAUGUGUUUGGUCACUUCUAACUUUAUCUCUGAUUGGUACCAUUGAAUGAAUGGGGCUAAGCUAAAUGCUAUCGAAGUGUCGCAGCGCGCUCCAGCGCUUACGUGCACGAACACAGAUGAUAGAGGGAUGUAUCAACAAUUCUUAGUUAAGGUAAUAACAUAUUUUAAUAUUGAAAAUGAGUAGACUAUUCCUUUAAUCAUCAUAAUUAUUUCUCAGGAUUUUUACAUUUUUUUGGCCAUUUAAAUUUAAGGGAAAUUGAUUUUCCCUUGGAUUGGGUUGCUUAGAUGUCAUCUGAAUGUCACAAUGCAAAAUACAGACAUGGCUUAAAGUGAUAGUUCACCCAAAAAUGUAAAUACGGUCACCUGUAUACAUUUCUUUGUUCUGCUAACACAAAGGAAGAUAUGAAUCAACUACAAAACAGGAACACCAAUGUCUUCCAUAAAAGGAAAUAAAACUACUAUGGAAGUCAAUGGGUGCACUUCUUUUUGAAAAAAUUAUGUUUUUUUUUUACGUUAAGGUGAAAUCUAAAUCUGAUUUGUAAGAUUCGUCUAAAGGCUUUGGGUUUAUUUUUUUCCCCUAGUUUGAUUUGGACUGUCUGUUACUGUUGUCCCAUCCGCACAUUUCAUUAUUUGUCCCUGUAUUUGUUGUCUCGCUCUUCUCCCUCCGGUGUGUAAUCCGAGUGAUGUCUGUCUGGGGUGCUGCUGUGCAAAGCCCCUGCUGAAUGAUGUAAGUGUGUGCUAUUUAUUCAGGUCCAGGAGGGAGAGAAUGAAGAUUUAUAGACGUGAUUGUAAAAGAAAUGACGGUCAAAGAUGUAUAAUUAAAAAUCUGCAAAAAUUGUA